AUGCUCCGACUUUGCCAGAAUCUGCUGCUCCUGGUGGUCACUGCGGUCAUUGUUUCCAAAAGUGUCCACUCCUGGGGCUCACCCACAGUGGUGAGGAAAUUCCAGGACAUCCCCAAGGACUAUGUCUAUGUACAGCAGGCACUGUGGUUUGCUAUGAAAGAGUUUAACAGGGAGAGUAAAGACAAGUACACCUUCAAGGUGGUGGAGGUUCUGAAAUCCCAGGAGCAGGUCACAGAUAGUUUGGACUACUUUCUUGAAGUCAAAAUUGCCCGAACCAUGUGCAAGAAAAUUUCAGGAGAAAAUGAAAACUGUGUAUUACAAAGCAAUCCCAAAAUGCAAAAGAUGUUCCUUUGCACCUUUAUUGUUGCAUCCAAACCCUGGAAAUUUGAACUCACUAUGCUGAAGAAACAAUGCCAAGUUGCCUAA